CUUUCAUACUCCAAAACUCUAUUUUAGAUUAAGGAAAAUUAAAUGGCUAAUCCUUGUGAAGUGGAAGUUCUCAACAAUGCCUUGUCAGGGAUUGGAGUUGAUGAAAAAUCACUAGUUUCAAUACUGACAAAAUCACAAAAUGAGCACAAGAAAUCCAUGAGGAAAGGAUGUUCCAAAUUCUUCCUUGAGGAUGAACGUCAAUUUGAGCGAUGGAACGACAGUGCCAUCAAGAGCCUUAAAGCUGAAUUCAAGCUAUUUAAGGAUGUUGUGGUGCUUUCGCUGAUGCAUCCAUGGGAGAGAGAUGCUCGAUUGUUGAAAAAGGCGUUGAAGAAGGGACCUCCACACUAUAACGUGAUUGUUGAAAUAGCAUGCACCCGAUCAUCCGAUCAGCUUUUGGGUGCCCGAAAAGCCUACCAUUCCCUCUUCGACCGUUCCAUCGAGGAAGAUCUUGCUUCCCACGUUAAGGGCUCCGAGCGCAAGUUGUUGGUGGCACUGGUGAGUGCUUACAGAUAUGAAGGACCAAAGGUGAAGGAAGACGCUGCAAAAUCGGAGGCCAAAGCACUUUUAAAUGCAAUCAAGAAUAAUAAUGGUGAUCAUAAGAAGAAGGCUAUGGAGGAGGAUGAAGUUAUCUGGAUUCUAACUACAAGGAGUAAGCCUCAUCUUAAAGUAGUCUAUGAACAAUACAAGAAAAUUUCUGCCAAAACCAUCACUGAGGACCUUGAAGUUGAGUUGCUCUUGAAAGAGACAGUGGAAUGCCUCUGCACCCCUCAAACAUAUUUCACCAGGGUUUUCGAUACAGCUUUAAGAGAGGAUGCGAAGGAAGAUGCAAAAAAAGCACUGACUCGCUUGGUUGCAACACAAGAAGACGUAGAUUUGAAGGGAAUCGCUGCUAAGUUUGAGGACAAAAUAAAAGAGAGAGUUAAAGGAGCCUAUAAGGAUGUGUUGCUUGGUGUGUUAGCAGAUGAUAGGAAAUGAAUGGUCAACUAAAUGCCUUCAAUUUCUAUUUUAAUUUGGUGGUUGUCUUUUUAAAUGGUUGUUGUUUCUCCGUUGCCUACAUCAAAUAUUGUUCUGCCCAUCUUUGGCCUUACAAGGCUAUUCUAUUGCUGUUGCUUUAAUCUGUACUCCUUAAUAAAAUCAUCUUUCAUUC